AUCUCAAUCGGCUCAGAUUUGAAGUAAAUACAUAAUAAGCUUAGGGCGAAUCUCCGCGCGCGCGCCAUUGUUAUAUGAUCCAAGGUUUUCAGUAAUCGCACUUGCACUGCAACUGCCUGAUUGUCGCUCGGCUCUCUUCCCAAUCAGCUUCACCACCUUCCAGUUCGCCACCAUGACUGAGUAUUGGGUCAGCCAGGGUAACAAAUGGUGCGACUUCUGCAAAAUCUACAUAUCAAACAAUCCUUCUAGUAUUAGAAAUCAUGAGCUUGGUCAACGUCACAAGGAUAAUGUUGCUAAGAGGCUUGCUGAUAUGAGAAAAGAGAAGGCUGCUAAGGAGAAGGAAGAAAAGGAAGCAGUCCGUGUCCUUGAACAAAUUGAAACGAAAGCUAAGCGGAGCUAUCAAAAGGAUAUAGCAAACUUGAAGGAGAUGAGGGAUUCUCAUGCUCGUGCAUUAGAUAUUCAAGAUGGUCAAGAAAAAUGGGAGUAUGACAGCAGUUCGGGUUAUUACUGCAAUCAAAGUAAUGGUUUUUAUUAUGAUCCAAAUUCAGGCUUCUACUAUUCUGAUGCUCUAGGCAAGUGGGUGACACAAGAAGAGGCACAUGCCACACCUCAGUUUUCAUCAAACUCUGGAGAUAAAAAAACCAUUAUGAAAAAGCCAGUUUCAGCUUCAGAGUCGGGAUCAGUUUCAGAAACCAAAAGUGCUACUAAGGUUCAGAAUGGGCCUCCGCCAGGGCCAGUUGUUUCAACUUCAUCAAAUCCCAUGAGAUCUGUAAAAGGUGCUCAGUCUUCAGUUGCUGUUGGCAAGAGAAAGAGGCCAGAUCAGAAACCAAAGGCUGUAUCUGCAGAAGAAGCUGCUGCACUUAAAGCAAGGGAGGCUGCGAAGAAGAGAGUUGAGGAGAGAGAGAAAUCAUUACUUGGCCUUUACAGACAUUGACAUUGUUGCUUGAGCAAGUUCCUCUCCUCUUAGUUUAAGAAUCACUAACAACUGUACUUCUACUCUGCAUGUCAUUCAAUAGAUGGUCCCAACCAUUUGGGUUCUCAAUAGUAUUUCAUCAUAUUCCAAUUGUUUAAGGUAUGCUUGGGAUUUAUAUUGUAAAAAAUUCAUUUGAGUAAUGAGAAGUGAUAUAAUAAUCUAUA